GGAGGAAGAAGUCAGCGCAGGUCGAAUCAGUCUUAUGACAGCUUUGGUUAGCAGGGCAGUGCAAACGUAGAAAAGCGGGGGACACUGGAGUUUUUUUUUUCUCCUCUUCCUUUAGUACAGGUGAAGGGCGAAUGGAACCAAUUCUGAGCCAAGAGGUUGUGAUUCAGUUUCUAGUGGAAGCUGGAGGUAAAGUCAGGAACUCGGAGCUGCUGCAGAACUUCAGGAAUGAGUUGGCACAGAACGAUGCGCAGAGAAAGCGAGAAGCCCGGGAGCUCUUCAAAAGGUUUAUUAAUAACGUGGCCGUGGUGCGCGAGGAGGAAGGAGUCAAGUUUGUGGUCUUGAAGAAAAAAUUGCAGCACCUGAUAGCCGCUCAGCCAACUCCCUCACCGGCUGCAGGGCGAGAGAAAGAGGAAGGAAAUGUGGGGAAGACGUUAGGGAAGGUGGAGAGUUUGGGGAACUUGGUGGAAGCUGGCGAGGCCACGGGGGGCUUCCAUGAGCCGGGGGCUCGACGGAAUUCAGCCCCUUCUGCUCUGACAGCCGGUCAUGUUGGAGCCCUGGGCGGCCUGCCAGCUCCUCUGGAAAACCGGAGAAACGCCGAGACCGAGGCUGUACCCCCUGCUGCAAAACACCACCACUCAGAGGCGCGGGAGUGGGAGAACUCGACUGAAUCCCACAGCCUGCACCGUGCCAAGAGCGAUAGCCUUGAACAGGUCAUGGAGAAUCAACAUUUGAAAUUGGAUAAUCUCCCCGGGGAACAACACGCUUCUGCUGAUGAGGGUUUAUCGGGGGAGGGUGCUCCAACCUCUGCAUGCCCUGCCCCAUCUGCACAAGUUCCAGGUGGGGGUAAUGCUGAGCCUACCACUGAUAUUGUUCCUAAGCCUGACCACUUGGUUUCUCUUCCCCCUUCCCCCACCGAUGACAGCAGUUCAAGCUUUGAACAAAAGAUCGGAAACUAUGAAGCCAAGUCCAGUGAUGUUGGCACUCCAGGAGUUCCAAAGGCUACAUCAACCCAAAAGCCCAAACCAUAUAUGCACCCCCUUCGCCUGCCUCCAGACUCCAAUAGGUAUGGUAAUUGCCACAACCACCAUCAAGAUAAGAAGAAGGGUUUGGAAGACGUUGUUCCAUUCAAGAAUGGGUGCCCGCUAGUUUCAGGUGACCAAGAUGCCUCCAAGACAUCUAAAAUGAAAAGGAGCCAGCCAACAGAGAUGGGUUCACCUCAUUUAAAGAGAGCUUCUAAGUUUUUGAACUUGCCUGAAGAUGCCCGUUUCUCUGAUCAAGUCCCCCUGGAUCCUAUUGAGCACGAGUGGAUUGUGAAAACGGCCUUGGGACACUGGACCCAAGUGUCAGGGCUGUUGCUGAAAGACAGUUAUUUGGCGGAGAAGAAGGACUUCAUGUCUGGCUUCACAGUUAUCCACUGGGCAGCAAAAUCUGGCAACAGUGAAAUUAUGUGUUGGAUCAUUGAUACAGCUGAGGGACAUGGCAUUAAAAUGGAUAUCAACUCCAAAGCAUAUGGUGGUUACACACCGCUACACAUAGCUGCUAUACAUGGCAGAGAGAAUAUCAUUGUUGAGCUGGUACAAAACUAUGGAGCAAGAACAACUCUAAGGGAUUACAGUGGCAAGAGGCCAUACCAUUACUUAAAUAAGGAUAAUUCUGUCAAGGUGAGGCAGUUGUUAGGGGACCCAGAGCCUUUCAUCAGUGAAUCUAUUCCUCAUAAAAGGGGGUCAAAGGUGGCAUCUUCCAUCCUGAGCAGCACCAACACUCUCCUGGGUGCAUUAGCUGAUGAUAUGAGCUUUCAGGAGUUUUCCAAGUCAUUGAAAAAAACAAGUAAUCUAAGCAAGUUCUUUACUGCUCCAGUUGGGCACAAGAAAAGAGCUAAAAUGCGCAUGAACUUUACUUCACUUAAUGAAGAAGAAGAAGAGCGAGAAGAAAUUGUUCUGAAGCAUCGACCUGUGACUGAAGUGUUCUUCUGACUUUAGUCAUUUUUAACAUGAAUGCAAUGGAUCAAUGGGGAGCUGCUUCUGGUGCUGUGUUAAUAGGUGAUCUUUGGGUGAUUUGUGGGUCAAAAUGUAAUCUUAUGCACUAACCAAGUUUAAAAAUUAUUAUUAUGCUGCUCUUUAUGCAUAAUAAAUAAGUAAAUGAUAAUAAACUUUUUCAUUUCUU